CCCCAGUACAAUAAAAAGUUUAAAUUUGAUGGCCACGCAUAUAUGUACGUAUAUGAGUGCAACCACGUUGUGUCCUCGCGCCUGCGUUUUACUUAUUUUUUCCCCACAACAUCCCCGCCUAUACCACGACGUGCCUUCUCCUCACGCUGUAUGCGAGCCUUGUCACCCCUUGUAUGCAUUUUUCCACCGAUCUAACUUUAAUUUACCGUCCUUCCAUCACACGCAUCUUUUUACAUUCCUGAUAUAAGGCUUCAAGCUUAAGCCCCUCCGUUGCAACAUCCUUGAAGUACUAGGUCGACGUGCCAUGUCUUACUGCUCGUACCAGUUUUCCCUGGCCAUCCUUGCACUUCUACCACUUGUUUCAGGCCAUGGAUAUGUCGCGCAAGUUGCAAUCGAUGGCACAGACUACUAUGGGAACGUCCCCAAUGCCGACCCCGUUCCCAGCAUAGUCAGACAGAUCAAUGAUGUCGCUCCCGUGAAGGGCGCUUCCAACCCGUAUCUUAAUUGCGGCCAAGAUGCUCAACUCGCAUCACUUGUUGCCAACGCUAAUCCAUCCAGUCAAUUGCAGUUUUGGUGGAAGGGUGGUGACGGCAGCAAUUGGCCCCACAAUAUCGGCCCCAUCAUGACUUAUAUGGCGCAGUGUGUCAACACGACGUGCGAUCAGUAUAAUUCAACAAACGCGGAAUGGUUCAAGAUCGAGGAGACGGGGCUGCAGCCAGGAAAUAUGGUUUGGUAUCAGCAAAAUAUCAUGAAUGGUGGGCCAGCAAAUGUAACCCUUCCUCCGACACUAGCUCCAGGGCAAUACCUCAUACGACAUGAGAUCAUCGCACUACAUCUCGCAAAUGAGAUGGGCGGCGCUGAGUUCUACCCUAGCUGUACGCAGGUAAAUAUUCAGGGCGACCAAUCAGCCGUCGCACCGGCGAGUGAUGAAGUCACUUUUCCAGGCGGGUACAGCGAUAACGAUCCCGGAAUUUACGACCCCACCAUUUUUGACACGCCCGUGCAGUAUACGUUCCCUGGGCCUGCAGUUGUCCCGUUCGCGGCAGCAAAUACUUCAUCACCGACAUCUUCCAAUCCCAGUUCAACUACUACAAGCACACCCGUGCCCUCUUCGACUGCCAGUGCAUCGGGCAGUGGAGGCGGAGUGCAGUGCCAAGUGAGCACGGCGCAAACUGCUUUUUCUAUGUAUGCACGUCAGCCUCGGAGCGUGUCGAGAGUGAUGAGGCGUUGGUGGGAGAGUUUAACCAGCUUGUCGUGAAUAGUCUCUAUUCCACUGAUCAGAGAGCAAUUGCGAUUGUCAUAAUGUUUAGAUCUGGAAAGACGGGUAUACUUUGGGGGGAGCGGUCUUGGUGUUUUUUGUUGCCGUUCAUUGCUAUUCUGUGGUCCAGUUACCGUACCAGCUCCAGCCUCCAGGUUAAACUACUGGUUGUAGAUUAUAUCAUAAGUAGUAACUAGUACAGUACUACCAUGUUGUAUCAUUAUAGGCCUAUGCUAAUAGCUUCGGUCUUCACGCAGUGAAACUCGUGAUGACUUCGCAGUACUUUGAACAUUGUA